AUGUCUAUUGGUCAUAGUGAUGCCCGACAGGUUGGAAUUCAAAGUAGCACAUUCGACAAAACACGGGCGAAGAAGGUCGAAAGAAAUACAAAGAGGGGGAAGAAGAGAUGGCAAAGGAAGAAGAAGCUCGUCCACAUGUCGAAAGACAAGACUGACCGCCUGAUUGGUCACGUUGAGGGACCACGAAAAGGGCCGCCCAAUAUCAACGUGUGUGGCACACGUUGUCGGCAUGGUGGAUUCCAAACGGAAAAACUGAAAAAUAUGUUAGUUGACAAGAUGGCGGUAUCGUAA